GUUAUUUGUAAAUUCUCCCAUCAGGUUAGCGGUGACCACAAACAGCCCAAGUCCAAAACAGAUUCGAGUGCAUCAAUAAGCCCUGUAGGAUCUCUGAAGUGUGUGUGAGUGUUACAUACCAAUGCGCGAAAGCCGCGGAACAGUUGGAUCACCUGCGUAAUUGAAGAGCAGAUUGCAUUCCGCGAUGACAUCGAUAGUCACCUCAAAGCUGGGGAUGCUGCAGAAAAAGUUUGGGAGCGACACCAAUGCGGCGUUCUUGCGAGCGGCGAAGGCGGGGAACUGCGACCGAGUCUUGGAGUUUCUGGACCGGAAGACUGACAUCCACACGGCCAACCCGAUUGGACUGAACGCGUUGCACUUGGCGUCGAAAGAGGGCCAUGUAGACAUCGUGAAGGAACUGCUGAAGCGUGGUGCAAAUGUGAACACGGCGACGAAAAAGGGCAAUACUGCCCUGCACAUCGCAUCUUUGGGGGGCCAGCUGGAGGUCGUCAAGUUGCUCAUCCAGUAUGGGGCAGCUGUUAACAUGCAAUCGCAAAAUGGCUUCACCCCACUUUACAUGGCAGCGCAAGAGAAUCACGACCAAGUGGUGCGAUUUCUGCUCGCAUCGGGUGCCAAUCAAAGCAUCGGCACGGAGGAUGGAUUCACUCCGCUUGCCGUCGCACUGCAACAAGAGCACGAUAAGGUGGUUGCAGUGUUAUUGGAAAAUGACACGAAAGGAAAAGUUCGACUCCCCGCGCUACACAUUGCUGCGAAGAAAGACGACACCAAGGCUGCUGCGUUAUUACUUUCGAACGACCACAAUCCGGAUGUCACGAGCAAGAGCGGGUUCACCCCACUGCACAUCGCAGCCCAUUACGGAAAUGAAAACAUCGGGAAGUUGCUGAUCCAAAAGAAUGCCGAUGUCAACUACGCUGCGAAGCAUCAAAUCACGCCAUUGCACGUUGCUUCGAAAUGGGGUAAACUGAACACCGUGACGUUGCUUGUGGAGCACGGGGCAGACAUUGAAGCAAAAACUAGAGACGGACUGACGCCUUUGCAUUGUGCUGCUCGCUCUGGCCAUGAUUCAGUUGUGGAUUAUCUGCUCGAGCGAGGUGCACCUAUUUCGUCGAAAAGCAAAAAUGGAUUGACGCCACUGCACAUGGCAUCGCAAGGCGAUCACGUCGAUUCCGCGCGCAUUCUCCUCUAUCACAAGGCCCCCGUCGAUGAAGUGACCAUCGACUAUCUGACCGCAUUACAUGUAGCUGCCCACUGUGGUCACGUGCGAGUAGCGACACUCCUACUGGAGCGAAAAGCCGAUCCGAAUUCUCGAGCUCUCAAUGGAUUCACGCCAUUACACAUUGCAUGUAAAAAGAAUCGAAUGAAGGUCGUCGAACUGCUGUUGAAACACGGCGCCUCGAUUGAAGCCACCACUGAGAGUGGACUGACUCCUUUGCACGUGGCAGCGUUUAUGGGAUGCAUGAACAUCGUGAUUUAUCUGAUACAACGUGGCAGCAAUCCGGAUGUCCCGACAGUCCGCGGGGAAACACCACUUCAUCUUGCAGCUCGAGCGAAUCAAACCGACAUCAUCCGUAUCCUUCUCAGGAACGGCGCCCAGGUUGAUGCGCGAGCGAGGGAACAGCAAACACCGCUGCACAUCGCCGCCCGACUCGGAAACGUUGACAUUGUCGUGCUGUUGUUGCAGCACGGUGCGUCAGUGGACGCCAUAACAAAGGACAUGUACACUGCUCUGCACAUCGCAGCCAAAGAAGGACAGGAGGAGGUGGCAGCUGUGUUACUGGACGAGAACGCUUCCGUGACAGCAACGACGAAGAAGGGCUUCACCCCAUUGCAUCUGGCAGCCAAAUACGGGAAUUUGAAAGUGGCCCGGCUGCUGCUCUCCCGUGCUGCCCCCGUAGAUGCGCAAGGCAAGAACGGCGUCACCCCGCUGCACGUGGCGAGCCAUUAUGACCACCAGAAUGUGGCCCUGCUAUUGCUGGACAACGGUGCAUCGCCGCACGCAGCUGCCAAAAAUGGCUACACACCUUUGCACAUUGCUGCCAAGAAGAAUCAAAUGGACAUUGCGAACAUGUUGUUGGAGUACCAGGCGAAGACUAACACUGAGAGCAAGGCGGGUUUCACGCCGUUGCAUCUCGGUGCGCAGGAGGGUCACGUGGACAUGUGCCACUUGCUGAUUGAGCAUGGAGCUGAGGUCAACUACAAGGCCAAGAAUGGAUUAACUGCAAUGCAUCUGUGUGCUCAGUAUGACGCCGUCAAUGCCGCUACGAUUCUUGCGCAGGCUGGUGCCAGUAUCAACGAAAAGACAAAGGCUGGCUACACGCCACUCCAUGUGGCGUGUCAUUUUGGACAAGUUGGCAUGGUGAGGUUCUUGCUCAGCCACGGAGCCGAAGUGAACACCGCCACGUCUUUGGGCUAUACACCAUUGCAUCAGGCCGCGCAACAAGGACAUACUCUUGUAAUCACGUUGCUUCUCGAGAACAAAGCGUCACCGAACGCAAUCACAAACCAAGGACAAACGGCGUUAUCCAUUGCCCAGAAGCUGGGCUAUGUGAGUGUCGUGGAAACUUUGAAAGUUGUGACAGAAACAAUAGUAACGACAACGACGACGACUAUCACAGAAGAGAAAUAUCGCGUAGUUGCUCCGGAAACAAUGCAAGAAACUUUCAUUUCCGACGAAGAGGAUGAAGCCGGCGAGGAUGUAAUGGACUCCGCGUUUGGGAAACCGACUCACGCGCAGCAUGUGUACUUGCCUUAUUACGAAGGGCAGAUGCUGCUGACAAGAGACGAUGCUGUAGUUGGUGACCAGUCAUUCCGGUAUCUCACGGUAGAUGAGAUGAAGUUGUUGGGUGAUGACUCUAUGAAGAUUGACGUGACGCGAGACGAACGAAGCGAAAGGAUGGACAUGAGUUUUGACAGAGAAGGUGGGCUUGAAGACAGCAUCAUCAGCCCGAUAAAAAGUAAGGAGCAGUAUGCCCAGUUCACCGGUGACUAUGCUCCCGAUAACGUGCAGAUUUCUCGUCAGCCGAUCGUCUCUGGGUUCCUCGUGAGCUUCAUGGUGGAUGCGCGUGGAGGUGCGAUGCGUGGUUGCCGUCACUCUGGCGUCCGCGUGAUCGUGCCGCCGCGGAAGGCGCCGAUGCCGAUGCGAAUCACGUGCAGGUAUUUGAAGAAGGACAAACUCAUACAUCCGCCGCCGUUGAUGGAGGGCGAGGUUCUCUGCUCACGGAUCCUGGAAAUGGGCCCUGCUGGGGCCAAGUUCCUUGGUCCCGUCAUCAUCGAGGUGCCGCACUUCGCCUCGCUGCGCGGACGCGAGCGUGAAAUCUCCAUCUUGCGCUCCAACGACGGCGACACUUGGAAAGAACACUCGCUGGACACGUCGGAAGAAGCCGUGCAGGAAGUGCUGAAUGAAUCGUUUGAUGGCGAGGACCUCGCCGCGCUCGAGGACCUCAACACGCACCGCAUCACGCGCAUUCUCACCACCGACUUCCCGCAGUACUUCGCCAUCGUGUCUCGUGUGCGCCAGGAGAUCCACGCCAUUGGGCCCGAAGGCGGCAUUGUGUCCUCGUCGGUCGUGCCGCAGGUCCAGGCCGUGUUCCCCCAGGGUGCACUCACCAAACGGAUCAAAGUCGGCUUGCAGGCGCAACCCGUCCCACCGGAGCUUGUGGCCAAGCUGCUGGGCAACGGAGUGGCAGUCUCACCGAUUGUGACGGUCGAACCGCGACGGCGCAAGUUCCACACGGGCAUCAACCUCACGAUCCCGGUUCCCCAGGCUGCGCAGAAAGGCAUGAUCAAUCAGUAUUCCGGCGAAGCCCCGACCCUUCGACUCCUAUGUAGCAUCACAGGUGGCACGAACAAAGCUCAGUGGGAAGACGUCACGGGCUCAACGCGGUUAACCUUCGUCAAUGACUGUGUCUCUUUCACCACAAACAUCUCUGCUCGCUUUUGGCUCAUUGACUGCAGGAACAUUGCCGAAGCGGGUAAAAUGGCCAUGGAUCUUUACAAAGAAGCGAUUCACGUACCAUUUAUGGCCAAAUUUGUCGUUUUUGCGAAGAGACAUGAUCCCGAAGAAGGUCGACUGAGAGUAUUCUGCAUGACUGAUGAUAAGGAAGAGAAAACUUUGGAACAUCAAGAACAUUUCGUUGAGGUUGCGAAGAGCAGAGACGUAGAGGUUUUAGAAGGGAAACCGCAGUACAUUGAAUUCGGUGGGAAUCUCGUGCCAGUAACCAAAAGUGGGGACCAGCUGAAGCUGAUGUUCGAAGCUUUCCGGGAAAAUCGAUUGCCAUUCACGGUGCGAGUGAAAGACAACAGUUCCGAAGCUGUGGGGCGAAUUGCAUUCAUGCGUGAACCCAAAGUCGGUCGUGGCAAUCCACCGCAGGUACCCAUAUGCAAUCUCAAUAUCGUCUUGCCAACCACCAUUAGCCCUGAGAAAACCCCAUCGGAGUCCGAUCUCUUGGAAAUCACGAAAAAAUACUCAUUGAUGCGCACUGGUGGACUGGUUACCAACAACAUAAGCAGAAAAUUCGACGUAAUUGCAGAAGACAACAUUCACAAAGCUGAAUUCCAGCUGAAAGAGAUGUGUUCGUUGCUGCAACAAGACUGGGUACCCUUGGCUCGUGAACUCGGUAUUUCCGAGUCCGACAUCCAAGUGAUUCAAGAAGCAUACCCGCACAACAUGGAACAACAGGCACUGGUGUCAAUCCACCUUUGGCGCCAACGCGCUGGCAACACCGCUACCGGCAAUACUCUGGAGCAGAGUCUUGUCAACAUCCACCGUGAAGACAUUGUCAAGCAAUGUAUUGCGAACGUGGAACUAGUGACGGAUGACUUGGAGCGUGCCGUGGCGCGAGUCAGGCUCGACCAGGCCGGCUUUGAUGUCUUCAAAGACGAACUUGGUCCAUCUCGAGAUGCGUCCCUCAAGCGCAACGCCUGUCUUGACGCGUCCUACGAAGAGCAGGACAUGGUCAAGGAGUCGGAGUCUGCAGGCGAGGAGGAAGAUGAUAAUGAAGCAAAAAUCAAACACAAGGUCUCCUUCACCGAGCCAGCUGCCAGUGAUAUGCUCAUUGAAAACGCGAGCGCUUGUAUAGUUGAGGAGGUGGAGACUGAGGCAGAGAAUGCGGUUGAACAACGGCGUUUGUCAUCACCGCAUGUCAAGUUCAGCGAUGAAAUCCUCACCAUUCCAUUGACUUCUGAGGGAGACGAGUUGGACGAGUCGCUGCUGACUCCAGAGUAUGCUGCUGAGAUGGAAGAAGGUGCGGGAGACGAAAGCCGCGACGAAGAAAUUCUCGGCAUUUCCCGAGUCAGUCCGAAACCGGAUUUCUCGGAUGCCGAACUUGAAAUACUUGACGAAGAACUGCAGCAAAGAAUAGCGCAGAUCCCGAUCCCGCAGAUUCAUCUCAGUAGCCCGGUGCUUGAUGAUGAGGAAGAAAUCGAAGUCUGCACGCAGGCUGUUGCUUUAGGCUCUGAAGCACCGGCCUGUCAUUCCCCUGUGCAAGAAGAAGAGUUCCGAAGAGUAGUGCGUCGCGUGGACUCGAUCCCUGACGAGGAUAUUAGAACAGACGCGCUUCCUGAGGCGAAGCAAGAUUUAUUGGACGAGAUGACGCAGCUUUUGCUGUUGGAGGAGCAAGAGCAGCAGCAGCAGCGAAAACUGAGCAGUGGAGAGAAAACGCGUCAGAUUGACUCUCCCGAAGGAAUGAUCGUCGAAGAGCCGGUCAUGCGAAAAACAGAAAGAGACGGGCAGCCCGUUCGAACAGAAGAAAUUGUUGUUUCGAGCAAAAUUUUGCACCAGACUUCACCCGCAGGUUACAUCGAUACGCUGCAAUGUGAUGAUGAGUUGCAAGCAGUCGCCGAAGAAGACGAGGAUGAGGUGCAUGCCACAGAAGGAGUAUAUGGACCGUUUCGCAGUGGAUAUGAGCUGGAUUUGGUGCCGACGGGAGAAGGGAUUGAUUGCUCACCCGUCAUUGAUGAAAUCCACAUUGAAAGUCUGGAGCCUUUAAACGUGGCCGGUUCGGAAGUCGAGUUUGACUCGUUUUUACCGAUGCCAGACGCAUCUGAGCACUUCGCAUUAAAGGAACAAGUGCCGAAGGAAAUCAAAUCCAUAGAAUUGCAGUCUGAGGCUAGUUUAGAGCCGCGUGUCCCAGUGUUCUCAACUGACGACGUCGUAAAAAUUACCGUUUCGCAAGAAAAGCUUGAGACUUGCGUGGAGGAGGUGAUGGUCCGGGAGUCGAUCUCAGUCGCACCCGUAAGCCCGGUGCAGCUGUGUCCAUUGAGCGCCGGUAUCUACGAAGGAGAGAUUUGCGUUGGUGGACUCGUGCCAGUGGAUGGCGGGGCAGAAUCUUGGGACAGUCCACUUUGCUCUCGAUUGAUUCCCUCCAUUUCUUCGUGUCGGGAUGCGUUUUCUGGCUCAGAUGACUAUGCGGAACAACCCGAGAAACCCGAAGAGACAGCUGAUCGAGAUAUGGACGGAAUGUGCAUGGAAUUGAGUGAGGAGCAGUGGGCCACAGCCGGGGAGGAAAACGGUGGUUCCAAGUCGAGCCAAGACUCUUACCGCGUGGACGAGCAGUCUCUGUCCGGGCUUUGCCUCGACAACGGCAACGAGCGCUUGCCGAGCUCAGCCGGAAACACUACCUGUUCAGAGUCCCUGCUAGAAGUCAGUAGUGCACCCUUGACGAGGCCCCAACACUGGGUGCACUUGAAACCCGUCACCAUCCAAUCCGAGUCCUGGCACUCGUCCGGGGAAGACUUGUCGAGCGGGGACGAAGACCCGGAGCCGGACGAGGGCCGGGCCAUUAAAGCCCAGGUCAAGCUGUUUGUCAAAGGUCGAGAAAGCGGGAAAGACGCUGUCGAGAUCCGGAGUAUCCGGGAGUUUGUUGACUGGGGCGAUGAGAACCGGGCCGGAGCUGGGGUUGGAUGGGUGGGUGGAAAGCACGUCCAAGUUCUGACCCCCAGACCGGGGUCCAAGUCAGGCAAGCCCGGGGAUCCGUUCGUAAUCAGAGAACGCAGUCAAGAAGUUGAGUUCGGCUUGGGUGCCCAGCGUGAGCCAUCGUUGAUCACUGGAUCCCCUGAAGCAGAGGAUUAUUUUAGGCAGUUCGCGUGGCAACGAGGGUGUCUUCCAGAAACCUUUACUGUGCCUGUUAAUCGGGUCCCUCCGAUCAUUGCACUCACGGUGCAAGACCACGAUUGCGGUGGGAAUAGGCGGGAAGUGUGUUCGAGUUUUGAGAAUUUGUACGAUGAAGCCGAGUUAGAAAUGGUUCCUGGGAAUAUUCCGAUGGGACAAGAGCAGCCUGGUUGCCGGAUACUGGGACAGCUCUACUCUCAAGUCCCUGACAUGAAUUCAAGUUACGAGAAUUUGUAUAUGACCUCCGGGGAAGAUCCUUUCGCACAUGAGGAUUCAGAGUUCAGCAGAAUGACGGUGUUUCCAGGUAGAGAUCCCUCGCCUUUGCAAGCAGACGCGUUUUCUAAUCCGUGCACUGUUUGUGCUGCUGCUUCAUGCGCUCUGACGGAGAGCCUAGAGGAAGAGGAAGAUGACCUCACGGUUAAAAGUACUCAUGGCUACACUGUGACUACAUUUUCGAACCCUAUGACCGGUGAAGACCCGUUGCUGGAUGAUGAUGAAAUGCCCUGGAACCCAACCGUAGAGCCUCUCUUGCCUGAGCAUGAUGAUUUGACCAUGAAUGGAAAAUGUCAACAAUACAACUCCAAUUUGAGAUCGCGAUCUUCCUCCAGCUCAUCAUCAUCGUCUUCGUCCUCGUCCUCUGAUAGUAGCAGUUCCCAUGAAGUACAGGGGGAUUCAAACAUUCCGAAUGCCGCAGUAGCAGGAGAGAACCGAGGUUUGAGAUUUGUUUGA